AUGACAACUUCGAUAUCCUCCUCAACUACCAUCUCGCCGCCAUCCAAUCUCUCCACUAGCAGCAGGGCUCGAACUGCCUCAAAGCCCGGCACCACCCAAAACAAACCCAGUACAUCUGGAAAUGUCAAAGAGCACGACUUCUUUUGGACCUAUACCGAAGAGCCUCACAGAACCAGACGACAGGCGAUUAUUAAAGCUCACCCAGAAGUUACUAAACUCUGUGGACCUGAACCCCUCACAAAAUAUACCGUCCUUCUCGUCGUCUUGAUCCAGCUUUUCUGCGCCUUCGCACUUCAAUCAACACCUAUUUUAUCCUGGAAAUUUCUGCUCACAGCCUACAUUGUUGGAGCCACAGCUAAUCAGAAUUUGUUCUUGGCCAUCCAUGAAAUCUCUCAUAAUCUUGCCUUCCGCAAUGCCACGGCAAAUCGUGCGCUAGCUAUCUUUGCGAAUUUACCCAUAGGAAUUCCGUAUAGUGCUUCUUUCAGGCUCAUGUCUCCACAGCCAUACCACUUAACACACCACAAGUCUCUUGGUAUUGAUGGCCUUGACACUGACCUGCCAACCUCUUUCGAGGCAUUCUUUCUAGAUUCGCUCUUGGGCAAAUCCUUUUUCGCAACUUUCCAAAUAUUUUUUUAUGCCAUAAGGCCAAUUUUCGUUUAUCGAGUACCCUUUACAUACUGCCACAUCGCCAACAUUGUAGCACAAGUUGUUUUCGAUUACCUCCUUGUAACCAAAUGUUCACCCAAUUCUCUAUACUAUCUUAUUAUUAGCUCCUUCCUUGCAGGUAGCUUGCACCCAUGUGCUGGUCACUUUAUCGCCGAACACUAUCUCCUUGACCCGCCAUCUUCGCGCAAUCCAGAUUCAUUGACCAAAACUACGCUACCCGAAACCUUUAGCUACUAUGGUCCACUAAACUUACUCACCUACAAUGUUGGUUUGCACAAUGAGCACCAUGAUUUCCCGGCAGUGCCAUGGACUCGCCUACCCGCCCUGCAUCAGUUGGCAAAAGAGUUCUACGUAGAUCUGCCUCAACACUCAAGUUGGGUAAGUGUGAUCUGGCAGUUUGUUUGGGAUAAAGAUGUUGGCUUAAGUUGUCGCGUGAAACGCUCGGGGAAAGGGAAGAAACUGGCCGAGUGGGAGCAGACCGAGGUUCAAGCUUGA